UUCAAAUGUAAAAAUAAAUAUUUUCAAUUUAGCAAAAACACCAAACAGUAAUUAAAGCUUCCUUAAUAUUCAGCAUUUUCAGUACUCAACAACUUCUAAAGCAAUAGUUGUGUCAUAAUAUUAUGUAACUCAUGACACAUUUUUCAUAUUUUAAAAUUAUACAUAGUACUACUAUUUGUGUGAAAUAUUUAUGUUAUAAAUCAUAAAUCUUUUAAAAUUUUAUAAAUUUGCCCAUCUUUUUAGAAUGGCAUCAAACGAAAUAAGAAAAAAAGUACUUACUACUUACAAAUUGAUACAUAAAGCUAGGUUACUGUGUUUUAAAAAUGAUACUCAAAUGUUAAAUGCUGCUAAACAUCAGAUUAAUGAAGAAUUCAAAAAAAAUAAAACUGUUUCAGAUCCUGUUGUGGUUCAGAAUCUUAUAACUUUUGCUCAAGAUGUUGAGCAUGAACUGAGAACACAAGUAGUUCAAGCAGAAAGAGUUAAUGAAACAAAAUUUAAAUUGAAUUUAGAUCCAGAACGUCAUACUAUGGAGAAUGUACCAUAUGUUGAAUUAGAUGAAGAAACAUAUAAAAAAUGGAAAGAAGAAAAAAAGAAAAGUAGCAAAAAAAAUUCGAAGUGUUGCUGCGAUUAGAUUAUACUAAUUUGUUUUCAAUUUUUAAAGUUAUAAAACAUUUAUUAUGCAAUUUAAUAUAUGUAUAGAAUUGUACUUAUAG